AGAAGCUCGCGGGCCGGCAAGCCCGUCCCAGCAUUCUUUGCGCCGCGCGGGAGAAAGCCCUGCCUUGCUUGGGCCCCUUCGGCCACCGUCGGCUCUGAGUUGCUAUGGAAACCCAGCUUCCAUCACUAUGUCGUUACAAGAAGCCCGUCAGUCGCGGGUGUUUGUCGAACUGGUUCCCUGGACUGAUCGGGGCCGAGAGAACAAUCUAGUCUCGGGCGGGGAGACGCUACCCGCCCUCCGCCGCCCUCUCUCCUCAGCACAGGCCCAAACUUCCAGCCGGGAGGUGCACGUAAGCGGCACCGCCGAGGUGUCUGCCAGCCCCGACCGGGCGCAGGUGGCGGUGCGGGUGAGCAGCACCAAGGAGGCGGCGGCCGAGGCCAAGAAGAGCGUUUGCCGCCGCCUGGACUACAUCACGCAGACCCUCCAGCAGCAAGGCGUGCAGUCAGAAAAUGUAACUGUGACAAAGGAUUUUAAAAGAGUAGAAAGUGCUUAUCACAUGGAAGCAGAGGUCUGCAUUACAUUUACUGAAUUUGGAAAAAUGCAAAAUAUUUGUAACUUUCUGGUUGAAAAGCUAGAUAGCUCUGUUGUCAUCAGCCAGCCCCAGUUCUAUCAUACUCCAGGUUCUGUUGAGAAUCUUCGACGGCAAGCCUGUCUUGUUGCUGUGGAGAAUGCAUGGCGCAAAGCUCAAGGAGUCUGUAACCUUGUUGGCCAGACCCUAGGAAAACCUUUACUAAUCAAAGAAGAAGACAAAGAAUGGGAAGGCCAAAUAGACGAUCACCAGUCACCCAGACUCUCAAGCUCUCCAACUGUACAACAGAAAAUCAAAAGUGCAACAAUACAUGCUGCUUCCAGAGUAUUUGUAACUUUUGAAGUAAAGGGGAAAGAGAAGAAAAAAAACAUAUCUGAAAUUCUGACCAAAAUGCAUUGUAUUCAUAUCUUUGUCUAUUUUUAUACUUUUUAUAAUGUUUGCUUUUUUCAGAAUAUAUAUAUUGUACAGUAUAUAAAAGUGUUUCUCUUCUGAAUCUGUCAACCCUUGAAUAUAGUUCCACAGAAUACUUACGUUUAAUUUCUAUUCUCACAAACUUACUAUGGGAAAUACUCUUUGGAAAUAAAUGUGUUAUACGUA